AUGCCUCCGCUAAUGACGCAGGCCCCGAUGCCCGUCAUUCCCCUUCUCUUUCCCCCUUCCUAUUCCGUCCCUGGAACUGCCCCAAGCGUGAGCGUGUCUCCGCAAGCGGUUCCGGCGACUACCUUUCCACUUCCCCUCGCUCGCUCUUCCUUCUCUCUUUUUUCCACCACGCCUCUACCCACCCCUCCGAACGCCCUCGCCUUGGAACCACCCCCCGUGGCCAGCAACAUCAGGACACAGAUCUUGGCAGGACUCUCUCUCUCGCUUUGCCUUCCAGAAAUUCAGAACGUUGGCACCAGAGGCGGAUCCAGUCCCAACCCCAGUACCUCCCUAUUCAGAACUGAUAUUCCCGUAAAUCAUCCACUGAGACCUCUCCUCGAAGCUUCCCUCAACUCUAUUUUUCAAGCCGUCUGCCCCAGGACCCUCCAAUCUUACCUAACAGCUUGGAAGUGCUUUAAAGCAUUUCACUCUACUUACAACCUGCCAUUUCCCGACUUUUCCUUGCUCACUAUCACCUCAUUCAUCUCUCACCUUAACAUCAACAAAAACCUUCAAAUCAGCUCCAUUAAGGGUUAUCUAAGUGGAAUACAAUUUUUCCACAAACUCUUAUAUGGUUCACCCUCACCCCAGAUAGCCAAUUCUCAGACCUCCCUACUCAUCAAAGGUAUCCAAAGCGCGCAUCCCACCCGCCCAGACACCAGGCAACCCAUAACCUUACAAAUAUUGACCAAAUGUAUUUCUACCCUCCGCAGAGGUUAUCAUUCCAUUCACACCGCCCGCACGCUUGACGCCAUGCCCAUCAUGGCUUUCUUUGGUUUUCUCAGAUGCUCAGAGCUCGCUAUCACAUCUAGCUUCAAUCCAAACAUCCACCCCACUAUCUCCGAUCUAGCAGUCAGAUUGCUGGAUGACGAAACCAUCUCUUACUUCAUUAAGCAAAGUAAAACAGACCAGACCAAGAAAGGCCAUUUCAUUUUCAUUUUCAACCUACAAUCACCCAUACUACCAUACCAAGCCCUCCUAGCCUUCAUCCAGCUCAGGAAAUCACAGUCCAAACUCCCAUCUGACCCCCUUUUUACAGACGACUUCAAACGCCCCGUCACUCGUUUCUGGUUUCAAAAGCACCUUAAGUCCGUUCUGCUCCUAUCCGGUACCCCAGCCGAUAAUUUUUCCAGCCAUUCAUUCCGAAUUGGCGCGGCAACCACAGCAGCCCAAAAAGGCCUCUCCCAUCAGAUACAAGCACUUGGUCGCUGGUCGUCAGAAGCUUUCAAGAGCUACAUUCGAUCAGACCACUCCCACAUCAAGGAAGCCCACCGAACCCUCAUCUGCCAACCCCUUUAA